AUGUCAAAACGAAAAUCAGAAGAGCCCUUGGAGGCCGUUCUCGUCAGUGCAUCCCCGGCAAGCAAGAAAGCGCGUGUUGAAGAUGUACUAGAGGAAGAGCCCCGUGCGCAUGGUGAUCUAGAUACUUCUCAAAGCCGAGACGCCCAACCUACAAAUGGCGCCGAUGUCUUUGAGAAGAUGACAGGGGACCAAGGGGAGGAAGAAGAAGUCGAAUCAGAUGUGGAAGACGAUCGGUUACCGGUUGCGCCCCUGCGACAAAAUGCUCCCGCAGAAGGCUACGACGAUCUCUAUCUUGACACCAUCAAUCGAUCCUUGCUCGAUUUCGACUUUGAGAAACUCUGCUCCGUUACCCUCUCCAACAUCAAUGUCUACGCCUGCCUGGUGUGCGGCAAAUACUUCCAAGGGCGAGGCCCAAAGUCUCACGCCUAUCUGCACGCGCUCGAAGUCGAUCAUCAUGUCUUCAUCAACAUGGAAACGAAGAAGGUCUACGUCCUACCCGAGGGCUAUGAGGUGCACAACAAGAGUUUGGACGAUAUCAAGUACGUGGUGGAUCCAAAAUACACGGAAGAGGAGGUCAAAAUGCUAGACAAGGAUCCGAAGGAGUCAACAGACCUUGCCCACAAGAGGUACAGGCCAGGUUUUAUGGGAAUGAACAACAUCAAAGCCAACGACUAUCUCAAUGUUGUUGUGCAGGCGUUGGCACAUAUCUCGCCCUUGAGGGAUUUCUUCCUCCUGCAAGAGUUUCCACACACGGCGUCGCAGUUACCAGUGCGCUUCAGCACGCUGGUCCGCAAGCUUUGGAACCCAAGGGCGUUUCGAUCUCACGUCUCGCCGCACGAACUAUUGCAGGAGAUUGCCCUGCGAUCGUCGAAAAGAUUUACUCUGACACACCAAUCUGAUCCUGUGGAUUUGCUCGCGUGGCUCCUCAACAACCUGCACAGUACGUUAGGAGGUUCACGCAAGGCGCUUUCAUCACCCAUCUACAAGUGUUUUCAAGGGAAAUUGCGCGUUGAGUCACAAGAAAUCACAGCGAAAUCCGAUACGACGGGCGAUCGACUCAGAUUUGAAGAGUCGUCUAACAUCAAGACGGACAUGCAUCCGUUCCUCAUCUUGACGCUAGAUCUCCCUCCAGUGCCGCUCUUUCGAGAUGCGGUCGAAUCCAAGAAUAUCAUCCCUCAAGUCCCUCUGACCACCCUGUUACAGAAAUACAACGGGCUGAAUGCCAUGGAGAGAGCGGCUCAUCGACUGCGACAUCGACUUCUACACCCGCUUCCGCCCUACCUUCUAUUCCAUAUCAAGCGAUUCAGUCGGAAUAAAUUUGUUUCCGAGAGGAACCCGACCAUUGUGACAUUUCCUUCUCCUCGAGGGCUGGACAUGUCACCUUACGUCGAACCUAAUCCGGCGGUCCACCCACCCGGGGAGCCAAUCCUUUACGACAUGGUUGCAAACAUUAUUUUGGAUACGACAUCGAUUUCUAGUGCUGGUGGUGAAGAUACUAAUGCCGCCGACGCCGCGAACAAAGCUGCUGGGGCCGAGGGUCAGAAAGUGGCAUGGAAGGUUCAACUGAGGGACAAGGCUGUUGCAUAUGCUCAGCGAACUGAUCUCCCGGAAUGGCUGGAAAUACAAGAUCUCUGGCUCGAACGAGCAGAAUCUGAAACGCUUUUCACGAGAGAGGGUUACCUGAUGGUAUGGGAACGACGGAGAGAAAAAAAGAAGGCCAAGGCAACGAAUGGAGUGAAAGCAACUCAGAGUUGA